CGAAGCUCCUAUUUGAAAAUCCUCGAAUUUCUCUCUAUGGCUGCCUCUAAAUUAAAGGCUGCUAUCCUGAUAAUUUCCGACACCGCCUAUCGGGAUCCUUCAACUGAUAAGGCGGGCAGCGCUCUAACCCAGACAUUCGCCGUGGAAGGAGGGGACAAGUGGGAUGAUCCCGCAAUUGUAAUUGUCCCGGAUAAUGUCGUGGAAAUCCAACGCCAGAUCCUUUCCUGGACAGAUGUGGAGAAUUACUUCAAUCUCAUAAUUACAACAGGGGGGACGGGGUUUGCGGUGAAGGAUAAUACUCCCGAGGCCGUAUCGCCACUCAUACAUCGGCAUGCACCUGGGCUUGUGCACGGCAUGCUUGCUGCUUCUCUUGCUAUAACACCUUUUGCAUUGAUGUCUAGGCCUGUCGCAGGUUUGCGGGGUAAAUCAUUAAUUAUAACCCUACCAGGCUCGCCAAAGGGGGCGGCAGAGAAUCUCCAAGCCGUCCUCAAACUUCUUCCACACGCCUGUAUCCAGGCUGCCGGAGCUAAUUCGAGAGCAUUACAUGCUUGUGGGGUACAGAACCUGGAGAAAGAAGCUGGCAUCAGCGCUGCAUCAGCUCGCUCCACUGAGGAAGGAUCUCAUCACCGUCAUCACUGUCAUCCGCAGCGUCACCAAUGCCAGGGAUAUGGGCAUACACAUGGUCACGUUGUGCCGAAGGCUCAUACAUUGCCUGCUGACCGGCCACAAUCAAAUGACCCUACUGCUGGUCCCACCAGACGUUACCGUGAAUCUCCUUAUCCGAUGCUUUCUGUGGAAGAAGCUCUCAAGAUCAUUGUUGAACAGACUCCGGACCCAACCAUCAUUGAAGCCCAUGUAAAUUCAUCUCUUGUAGGAUCUGUAAUUGCAGAGGAUGUCUAUGCGUGCGAAGCGGUCCCGGCAUAUAGAGCGAGCAUUGUGGAUGGCUACGCAGUUAUCACCUCUCCUCCUCAAGCAGAUACCCAGGGAAACAUAAAAGGGAAAUUUCCUGUGGCAUCAGUGUCACAUGCACAAGCCGCGUCUAUGCCUCCACCACUGAAGCCAGGGGAAAUUGCGCGCAUAACGACUGGCGCUCCACUUCCUGAGAACGCCAAUGCGGUUGUAAUGGUUGAAGAUACGACCCUUAUAUCUACAACCCCUGAUGGAAAGGAAGAAGCUGUCGUGGAAAUCCUAACGGGGGAAAUCAAACCAGGAGAAAACGUUCGCGAGCCUGGCAGUGAUGUUGCACUGGGAUCUAAAAUACUUCACAAGGGUGACCUGAUUACCGCAGUAGGGGGGGAAAUUGGCCUUCUCGCGUCAACUGGAACCCGAACAAUCAAAGUAUACAAAAAGCCCUGCGUCGGGGUCCUUAGCACAGGUGAUGAACUGGUUGACCACGAUGGCCCUGUUUCCCUCCGUGGCGGCCAGAUUCGUGACUCAAACCGCCCGUCAUUAAUAUCAUGCCUCACAGCCUGGGGUUUCCCAACCGUCGACCUUGGAAUUGCGAAGGAUACCCCUGGAAAUCUCGAACAAUGUCUGCGCGAUGCCCUCCGCGGUACUCCCAACUCACCAGGUGUUGACAUAGUAAUAACAACUGGGGGAGUUUCAAUGGGCGAAUUGGAUUUGCUAAAACCCACCGUCGAACGCCAACUUGGCGGUACAAUCCACUUCGGGCGGGUAUCCAUGAAGCCUGGAAAACCCACUACCUUCGCAACGGUCCCAUUCAAACCUGCCAUAUCAUCCACAGACUCCACGGCACAGCAGGAGCGGGAGACGAAACUCAUCUUCUCCCUACCAGGAAACCCAGCUUCCGCACUGGUGACACUGAACCUGUUCGUUCUGCCCUCCCUGCACAAAGCGACUGGCUUGGGCAUCAGCAGCCAGCAGCGGGCCUUCCAGCCCCGUCUCGGCCUCCCGCUCGUCACAGUGACGCUAAAACAGAACAUUCCUCGCGAUCCGAAACGUACGGAGUACCACCGCGCGAUCGUAACAUCAUCUAACGCAGACGGUCACCUGUUUGCGGCCAGUACCGGACUUGGUGGGCCUGGUGUUGGGGCGGGACAACGGAGUUCACGCGUAGGGAGCCUAGCUGGUGCUAAUGCUCUGUUGGUUCUUGAACCGGGGAAGGAUGUUGCCGAGAUGGGGAAGAAGGUGCAGGCAUUGUUGAUGGGAAUGGUGGUUCCUGAGUGAAAGAAUAAAACGAGAAACGAAAAGUGGACAAAGAAUAAAAGAAAAGGUGUUUGAAAGAACGUGAAAUAUUAUGAUUUGAUUUAGUUUCUUUGACCUAAAUGUCUAUUAUUGUGAAAUAAAUAAUAUCGGCUUGUAUUUCAAAACUUGAUAUUAAGUCUAAAUUGAACGUAUUGGAUAUUCUUAACCAAUAUGUCGUUUUCCAUCCAUCUAGAUUGCAUGCGCGUUUAUGGUGUUGAAUUUCUAAAACAGAUAC